AUGUAUGUGAAAUGGUUUGAUACAGUAAUGUUUUACUAUGUGAUUUUAGUGAAUGUCACUUUUUGUCAUUUUCAAAUUUCCCGCCGUUCCGUCCCCCGUACGUCCCGACGCUCGCAGGGGAUGGAACCCAGAUGACAGAUGCCGGCAUCCGCCGGAUUACAUUGCCAGGGACACUGCAGGAGGGACAUCGCGGGAGCGCAGGACAAGGUAAGUGCAAGAGGGAUCCCGGAGCAGCGCUGCAGGGUAUUCCCGAGUGUAGCUCGGGGUUACCGCUUGUGCUACACUCGGGAAUACUGCCAGGGAGGCUA